AUGUGUGGAAUUCUCGCCCUUAUCCUCGGUGACAUCGAGAGCAUAUCUGCGACAACUGCUGCCGCGGACCUCCACGAUGCGCUCUACUACCUCCAACACAGAGGCCAAGAUGCUUGCGGCAUAGCAACGUGUGCCUCUGGUGGUCGCAUUUACCAGUGCAAGGGAAAUGGCAUGGCUGCGAAGGUUUUUCACGACGGGUCUCGAGUUCAGGAUCUCCCGGGUUUCAUGGGCUUAGGUCAUUUGAGAUAUCCCACAGCUGGUAGCAGCGCCAGCGCCGAAGCACAACCGUUCUACGUGAACAGCCCUUACGGGAUUACUUUCGCGCACAACGGAAAUCUGAUCAACGCUGAGCAACUCCGAGUUACUUUGGACAGAGAGGCACACCGUCAUAUCAAUACCGACAGUGACAGCGAAUUAAUGCUCAAUGUCUUCGCCAACGAGCUCAACGAGACCGGAAAGGCGCGCGUCAACCAAGAGGAUAUUUUCCAAAGCUUGAGGCGGAUGUACGGAAAGUGUGUUGGUGGCUGGGCCUGUACAGCAAUGGUUGCUGGGUUUGGAAUCCUCGGGUUCCGUGAUCCGUACGGAAUUCGCCCGCUGGUAUUGGGUUCUCGACCAUCUGGAACGGUGGCUGGGACUACGGACUAUAUGAUGGCUUCCGAGUCAAUUGCUUUGCGCCAGCUCGGCUUCUCUGAUGUCGUCGACAUCCUCCCUGGACAGGCUGUUAUUAUCCGCAAGGGAUCAAAACCCGAGUUUCGUCAGGUUGUCCCUCAGCUCAACUACUCCCCUGAUAUUUUCGAGUAUGUUUACUUCGCUCGUCCUGACACGAUCAUCGAUGGCAUCAGCGUGCACCGAAGCAGACAAAACAUGGGCCGCAAACUCGCAAAGACAAUAACCGAAACAAUUGGUGAGGCUGCAGUCAAAGAGAUUGAUGUGGUCAUCCCUAUCCCUGAGACGUCCAAUACAUCUGCGGCCAGUUUGGCCGAGCUUAUGGGACUUCCUUACGUCCAAGGCUUCGUUAAGAACCGUUACGUCUUCAGAACAUUCAUUAUGCCCGGUCAAGGUGCGCGCCAAAAGUCCGUCCGCCGCAAACUGAGUGCUAUCCCUUCAGAGUUCAAAGACAAGACUGUUCUCCUUGUUGAUGACAGUAUCGUGCGCGGUACUACAAGUCGGGAAAUCGUUAGCAUGGCACGUGAAGCUGGCGCAAAAAAGGUCAUCUUUGCUUCCAGCGCUCCGCCUAUCACCCACGCCCACAUUUAUGGCAUUGACCUUGCAUCCCCUCAAGAGCUUGUCGCACACAACAGAGAUAGACAAGCCGUCGCCUCUCAUAUUGGUGCUGAAGAGGUCAUCUAUCAAUCGCUCUCAGAUUUGAAAGCUGCUUGCGCUGAGGAAUCUCCCCGCCCAAAUCAAGAGUUCGAAGUCGGGGUUUUCUGUGGCAAAUACGUUACCCCUGUCACUGAGGGCUACUUUGAGCAUCUAGAGCUUCUUAGAGGAGAAUCCAAAAAGAUGAAGAUCUUGGAGAGUGCGAAGGAGGCAGUCAUAAAAGGCAUUGCGAGUGAGAAGGAGUUGGACUUGAUCAAGAAGAACGCUCAGGUAGAUGAAAAUGGUAACGUUGUGCCUGCAGCCCCUGGGUUAGUAAACGGUAUGAAAGUCAACGGAACCGAUUUCAAUGGCCAUGAGAGACGUAAGAGGGAAAGAGAGGGCGAUGAAACUCCACCAGUCAGAGAUCGUCAUGAUAUCAGUUUGCAUAACUUCGCGACUGAGCCGCAAAGAGGCUAUGAAUAG